AUGCCUCCUAAGCGUAAAGAUAAGGAAACUACAGACGACAAUGAUGAAUUGGUCUCCUUAAAAAUGGUCAAGGUGCUUAUGUCUCAACAGGAAAGUGCUUUCAAGUCCUUGCUCGACUCUUUAAUCAAGUCAACUAUUGCAAGAGUGGACGGCCUAGUGAAAGAAGUCGCUGAUUUGAAAGCUAGCUUGGAAUAUUCGCAAAAAGAUAUCGCUGAAAGCGGAAAAUCAAUCAAGCAAAACGAGAAAACUAUAGCCGCCAUUACAGUCGAGCUCACCAGCACGAAAACAACCUUGGAUAAAUGUCACAACAAAGCCACAUAUCUGGAAAACCAAAGCAGGCGAAACAAUAUCCGUGUGAUUGGUAUCCAAAAAAACCCCACGAAACGUGGGAAGAAUCAGAGGCUGUAG